AUGGGAUGCGUUUCCUCAGAUGAGAAAUAGGCUUUAGCAUUUGAUGAUUUUUAAUAUUUGAAAACAGGAACUUUAUCUAUUGAGCUCACUUAAUUGAUAUUUGUUGUGAACAAUUUGUUAAAAGAAGUUCACUAAUUAUACAAAUAAAUUAAUAGUAAUAGGAUCAUUCUUUUUCGUAUUACAAAGGUUAAAUACUAUUCUAAAUUAGGUUUCCCUGACUGCAAAUUAAACUCUAAUUGAUGCAUUUGGUUUUUGGACAAGAUUUGUAUCAAUAUGUAAUUUAGGGUAAGGAAAACUAAAUGGAGUUUUCUAUAAACUUGAUGAAGAUGGUAAUUGUUAUUAAAAUCUUAAAUUAGGCAGAAAUCUAAGUUACAAUUUGGGUCUGAAUGGUGAUUUAAAGUUGUAAUGGUUUGGAGAAGUUUUAAAUGACUAUUUUAAGGCAAUUAUCGAUAUUACUGCUUGCAUUCCUAUGAUUCUAGAAUAACUUAAAUUUCUUCAAGAUAAAAUCAACCAUCUUGGAUCUAAUUUAAAAGAGAAGAAUCAAGUCUUUAAAUACAAUAUGCUGCUAUUAAAAUUUAACUUGAACUUUACUAAAAUUGCUAAUAUCAGAGUUGUUAAAUAUAAUGAAGAGAUUGAAAUUUUUAAGAGGAACUACUUAUAAAUUUCUGAAACAGCAGAUGAAUAAGGUUUAAAACUUUAUUAGAAAUUUGGGGCAAAAUAAUUGAACGACAGAUAAAAAUAUCGGAUGCAAAUAAAAAUAAACCUAAUUAUGGAAUAAUGUUUUCAUGGUUAAAUGAGAUCUGAGAUAGAAUAAGAUAUUUAAAAUAAAUAGAAAGAAAAAAGAAAAACUCUUAAGCCAUCUUGGACUUUUGGAGAUGACAUUGGAAUAGGAGUUAAAAAGUUCCCAUAUCGUGUUAGAUGGACAGGAUGUAAUUGUGUGGAUCACUCAUUUUUUAUAAUUUCUAAUUAUCUGGAAAAUCAUAGUAAACAUCUUUUACUGCUCAGAAAAUUAUCAGUUAUUUUAAGAUAUCUCACUUAAUCAUUUAAGACAGAUGAAGACACUAUAUCUAGAGCAUGGUUUAUUUUUUGUACACAUCUCACAUCUAAAGAGAGAAUUAUAAUUUAAUCUAAUUCUUCAAUUUUAAAUGGAUUAAAGAAAUUCAAACUAAAAAAUUCAGAAGCUGAAAAAUGUAGACAAUAUUUUAUUUAAUAUAUUGAAUUAUUAGACCAAGAUUUCUUGUCUCAAUUAUAAGAUGAAUGGUAAAAUUAUAUUGAAGGAUAAAGUAAAGUAUUAUCUUUAUGGUCAAACAAUUAAAUUUUCUAAACAAAUGAAUUUAAAGCAUUAUUAGUCAGUGAUAAAUAUUAUGCCCUUACGAGUAUGUCAAAAAAUGUAUAUGCUUUAUAAUCUUAUUAUCCAUUAGCAACCUAGAUUUAUAAUUAAGGUAUUAUAUAUAUGAAAUAUCAUUAGUGUAUUAAAGAAAAAUAAAAAAGGGAUAAAUAUUUCUAAGUGAAUUAUAAUAGAUUUAUGAUGCUUCUGCAUAUUAUCCUCUUCCUUUUAAUAAUUUAUAUACAAAAAAUAAAAGUGAAGAUGAUGAAGCAAAAGUAAAAACAAAAGAGAUAAAAUUCAAAUAUGCAUUCACCAAAUUUGAAUAGAAAUAAUGA